CGUUAUUUAUUUCGGAGAGAUAGAGAGAGAGAAUCAAAACAAUGGCCACUGUGAAAAUCUCUCUUUCCUUUGUUUCACUAUCACCAUCUUCUUCUUCUUCUUCUUCAACUCAAUCUAAGUUAUCACCAUCUUUCAUCCCCAAUGCGGCACCGGCAAAGGCGGCGAAGUUGCGAUUCCAUGGUAAGUGCCUAAGAGCAAAACCAAUGGUACACAGAGCAUCUCGCUCCGGCGGAUUCACCUGCUCUGCUUCAUCUUCUCCGACGACUCUUCCCUCUGCUCUUCUCUUCGAUUGCGAUGGUGUUCUUGUUGAUACUGAGAAGGACGGUCACAGAAUCUCCUUUAACGACACUUUCAAAGAGAGAGAAUUGGAUGUUACUUGGGAUGUUGAUUUAUACGGCGAGCUACUUAAAAUCGGUGGUGGUAAAGAAAGGAUGACGGCAUAUUUUAACAAGGUUGGUUGGCCAGAGAAAGCUCCUAAAGAUGAAGCAGAGAGGAAAGAGUUCAUAGCUGGACUUCACAAGCAGAAGACUGAGCUUUUCAUGGUUCUCAUCGAGAAAAAAUUGCUUCCGCUUCGACCCGGUGUUGCAAAGUUGGUUGAUCAAGCUUUAACGAAUGGAGUAAAGGUAGCGGUUUGCAGUACUUCAAAUGAGAAGGCGGUUUCUGCUAUAGUUUCAUGCUUGCUUGGACCAGAACGAGCAGAGAAAAUCAAGAUAUUCGCAGGAGAUGUAGUCCCCAAAAAGAAGCCUGACCCGGCCAUCUACAACUUAGCAGCUGAAACCCUUGGAGUUGAUCCCUCAAAAUGUGUUGUGGUUGAAGACAGCGCGAUCGGGCUAGCAGCUGCAAAAGCUGCGGGAAUGACUUGUAUAGUUACAAAGAGUGGAUACACGGCGGAUGAAGAUUUUGAGAACGCAGAUGCGGUUUUCGACUGCAUUGGAGACCCUCCGGAAGAGAGAUUUGAUUUGGCAUUCUGUGGAAGUCUUCUCCAGAAACACCACGAAAUUGCUAAAGCUAUGAAGCGAUUCUUUAAGCCCAUAGAGAAGGAGGGUUCAACGGCGGCUAAGAAACCCUGCCUUUCGCCGGAAAAGCGUGACGGAGAAGGAGAUGGAGUUGAAGAAGAAGAAAAGAACCAGAAAGAGCCGUCCAAGUUUGUGACGUGGAACGCUAAUAGCUUCCUCCUUCGGGUGAAAAAUGACUGGUCACAGUUCUCUAAGUUCAUCACUGAUUUUGACCCGGAUGUCAUUGCCAUACAGGAAGUGAGAAUGCCUGCUGCUGGUGGAAAAGGAAAACCUAAAAAUCCUGAAGAGUUGAGUGAUGACACGAAAGUUUUGCGUGAGGAAAAACAGAUUUUGACAAGGGCUCUCUCAACUCCACCUUUUGGAAAUUAUAGAGUUUGGUGGUCUCUCGCAGACUCAAAGUAUGCAGGGACAGCUUUGUUAGUGAAAAAAUGUUUCAAGCCCAAGAAAGUUUACUUUAACCUGGACAAAUUAGCAUCUAAACAUGAACCUGAUGGUCGUGUUAUCUUAGCUGAAUUUGAGACAUUUCGUCUUUUGAAUACGUAUUCGCCUAACAAUGGUUGGAAAGAUGAGGAGAAUUCGUUUCAGAGGAGAAGAAAAUGGGACAAGAGGAUUGUUGAGUUCCUCAACAAAACAUCUGAUAAACCUCUGAUAUGGUGUGGCGACUUAAAUGUCAGUCAUGAGGAGAUAGAUGUUAGCCACCCAGAAUUUUUCGCAACAGCUAAGCUUAAUGGUUAUGUUCCUCCAAACAAAGAGGACUGCGGACAGCCUGGAUUUACACCAUCUGAGAGAGGACGCUUUGGGGCAACUAUGAAAGAAGGAAGGCUUGUUGAUGCAUACCGGUAUCUACACAAGGAGCAAGACAUGGAAAGUGGCUUCUCAUGGUCGGGGAAUCCCAUCGGAAAGUACCGGGGAAAGAGGAUGAGGAUCGACUAUUUUCUGGUCUCUGAACAACUCAAAGACCGUAUAGUUUCUUGUAAGAUGCACGGUCAUGGGAUAGAACUAGAAGGUUUCUAUGGGAGUGAUCAUUGUCCGGUUACGCUCGAGCUUUCAAAGCCUUCUCAAAACGGAGCUGAACCAGAGCAGAGUCAAGACGUUUUUCCAUGGCUUAAAUCGUUACCGGUUGCUCCAGAGUUCAGACCUACUUUAGCAGAGUUUCAAGAUCCGAUCGCUUACAUUUUGAAGAUUGAAGAAGAAGCUUCUAGAUAUGGAAUCUGUAAAAUUCUGCCUCCACUGCCUCCUCCUUCUAAGAAAACCUCCAUUUCUAACCUUAACCGUUCUCUGGCGGCAAGAGCGGCGGCGAGGGUUCGUGACGGCGGCUUUGGCGCGUGUGAUUAUGACGGUGGUCCCACAUUCGCCACGCGGCAACAGCAGAUCGGGUUUUGCCCUAGGAAGCAGCGUCCGGUGCAGAGACCUGUGUGGCAGAGUGGAGAAGAGUACUCUUUUGGUGAGUUCGAGUUUAAAGCUAAGAACUUUGAGAAGAAUUAUCUCAAGAAAUGUGGUAAAAAGAGUCAACUCUCUGCCCUAGAAAUCGAAACCCUUUACUGGAGAGCAACAGUGGAUAAACCCUUCUCUGUUGAGUAUGCCAAUGAUAUGCCUGGCUCUGCUUUUAUCCCUCUGAGUUUGGCUGCUGCCAGGAGGAGAGAGUCUGGUGGUGAAGGAGGAACAGUUGGUGAGACCGCUUGGAACAUGAGGGCGAUGUCUAGAGCCGAGGGAUCAUUGCUUAAGUUCAUGAAAGAGGAGAUCCCUGGAGUCACAUCACCAAUGGUGUAUAUUGCUAUGAUGUUUAGUUGGUUUGCUUGGCAUGUGGAGGACCAUGACCUCCAUAGUCUCAAUUACUUGCAUAUGGGUGCUGGUAAGACUUGGUACGGUGUGCCAAAGGAUGCUGCUGUGGCUUUCGAGGAGGUGGUUAGGGUUCAUGGUUAUGGUGGAGAGCUCAAUCCUCUUGUGACAUUUUCUACUCUUGGUGAGAAGACAACUGUGAUGUCUCCUGAAGUAUUUGUUAAAGCCGGAAUACCCUGUUGCAGGUUAGUGCAAAAUCCCGGAGAUUUUGUCGUCACCUUUCCGGGAGCUUAUCAUUCGGGAUUUAGUCAUGGAUUCAAUUUUGGAGAAGCAUCUAACAUUGCAACUCCCGAAUGGUUGAGAAUGGCCAAAGAUGCUGCUAUCCGGCGAGCUGCAAUAAGUUACCCUCCUAUGGUUUCACAUCUCCAGCUACUUUAUGACUUUGCAUUGGCUCUACGUUCUAGAGUGCCAACAAGCAUCAAUGCAAAACCACGGAGUUCUAGAUUAAAAGAUAAGUUAAGAAGCGAAGGAGAAAGAUUGACCAAAAAGCUAUUUGUGCAAAACAUUAUCCACAACAACGAAUUGCUUUCUUCUCUCGGAAAAGGAUCCCCAGUAGCCCUUCUCCCACAGAGUUCCUCAGAUAUAUCAGUUUGUUCUGACCUGCGAAUCGGAUCCCAUUUGAUAACCAACCAGGAAAACCCAAUCCAAUUAAAGUCUGAGGACUUAAGUUCUGAUAGUGUUAUGGUUAGUCUCAGUAACGGUUUAAAGGAUACAGUUUCAGUGAAAGAAAAAUUUACAUCUUUAUGUGAAAGGAGCAGAAAUCACCUAGCAAGCAGGGAGAAGGACACUCAAGAAACUCUGUCUGAUGCUGAAAGGAGGAAAAAUGAUGGACCUGUUGCGCUUUCUGAUCAAAGGCUUUUCUCUUGUGUUACAUGUGGAGUCUUAAGCUUUGAUUGUGUAGCUAUUGUUCAACCUAAAGAAGCAGCAGCUAGAUAUCUCAUGUCUGCAGAUUGUAGCUUCUUCAAUGAUUGGACAGCUGCUUCCGGAUCUGCAAAUCUUGGUCAGGCUGCUAGAUCACUUCAUCCGCUAAGCACCGAAAAGCAUGAUGUAAAUUACUUCUACAAUGUUCCUGUUCAAACUAUGGAUCAUUCAAUGAAGACUGGCGAUCAAAGAACUUCAACAACUUCCCUGACAAUGGCGCAUAAAGAUAAUGGUGCUCUUGGGCUGUUAGCUUCAGCAUAUGGAGACUCUUCUGAUUCCGAGGAAGAAGGUCAAAAAGGCUUAGAUGUCCCUACUUUCGAAGGGGAAACUAAAAAGUAUGAUAAAGAAGAUGCAGAUGGCAAUGAGGAGGCUAGAGAUGGUCGAACUUCUGAUUUUAACAGCCAGAGACUUACCAGCGAACAGAAUAGGUUAAGCAAAGGCGGAAAUUCAUCACUUCUGGAAAUAGCUUUACCAUUUAUUCCAAGAUCUGACGAUGAUUCAUGUCGGUUGCACGUGUUUUGUCUUGAGCAUGCUGCGGAAGUGGAACAACAACUUCGUCCUUUUGGGGGGAUUCACAUAAUGCUACUAUGCCAUCCAGAGUACCCCAGGAUAGAGGCUGAAGCAAAGAUAGUUGCCGAAGAGCUAGUCAUAAAUCACGAAUGGAAUGAUACUGAAUUCAGGAAUGUGACCCGAGAGGAUGAGGAAACGAUUCAGGCAGCCUUGGAUAAUGUUGAACCUAAGGGUGGGAACAGUGAUUGGACUGUAAAAUUGGGUAUUAACCUUUCUUACAGCGCUAUUCUCAGUCGCUCUCCUCUGUACAGUAAGCAGAUGCCGUACAACUCCGUCAUAUACAAUGCAUUCGGUCGCAGCUCUCCAUCAACAAGCUCACCCUUGAAACCCGAAGUCUCUGGUAAAAGAUCUUCCAGACAGAGGAAAUAUGUUGUUGGAAAAUGGUGUGGUAAGGUUUGGAUGUCGCAUCAGGUGCAUCCCUUUUUGCUGGAGCAGGACUUAGAGGGGGAAGAAUCUGAAAGGAAUAGUCAUCUGCGAGGUGCUUUAGUUGAGUAUGUCACUAGAACGGGAUUGUUUCCUUGUAAUGUCUCUAGAGAUGCAACUACAAUGUUUGGAAGAAAGUAUUGUAGGAAGAGAAAGGUCAGGGCAAAGGCUGUGCCACGCAAGAAGCUUACUUCUUUUAAGAGGGAAGAUGGAGUUUCUGAUGACACAUCAGAAGAUCAUUCUUAUAAGCAGCAAUGGAGGGCUUCCGGGAAUGAGGAAGAGUCUUAUUUUGAGACAGGGAAUACAGUUUCUGGUGAUUCGUCAAAUCAAAUGUCUGAUCAGCAGCUCAAAGGAAUUCGUCGACACAGGGGUGUCAAAGAAUUUGAGUCGGAUGAUGAGGUUUCAGACCGUUCACUAGGUGAAGAAUAUACGGUAAGGGGAUGUGCAGCUUCAGAGAGCUCAAUGGAGAAUGGCUUUCAGCAGUCAAUGUAUGAUGAUGAUGAUGAUGAUGAUGAUAUCGACAGGCACCCUAGAGGAGUUACAAGGAGCGAACGGAUUACAGUUUUUAGGAAUCCAGUUUCAUAUGAUUCAGAAGAAAAUGGCAUUUAUCAUCAAAGGGGAAGAGUAUCCCGAAGUAAUAGGCAAGCUAAUCGAAUGGGUGGUGAAUAUGAUUCAGAAGAGAAUUCUUUGGAGGAACAAGACUUUUGCAGUACAGGGAAAAGGCAAACCAGGUCCACAGCCAAACGAAAAGUUAAAAUCGAGACAGUUCGGAGUCCGAGAGACACAAAAGGUCGCACUUUGCAAGAAUUUGCAUCUGGAAAGAAGAAUGAAGAAUUGGAUUCAUACAUGGAGGGACCUAGCACACGGCUUAGGGUGAGAAACCUGAAGCCGUUGAGAGGGGCGUCAGAAACAAAACCAAAGAAGAUUGGUAAGAAGAGAAGUGGUAAUGCUUCCUUCUCCAGAGUUGCAACUGAAGAAGAUGUGGAGGAAGAUGAAGAAGCAGAGAAUGAGGAAGAGGAAUGUGCGGCGUACCAAUGUGACAUGGAGGGUUGCACAAUGAGUUUCAGUUCGGAAAAACAGUUGACUUUGCAUAAAAGAAACAUCUGCCCUGUUAAAGGCUGUGGUAAAAACUUCUUCUCACACAAAUAUUUGGUUCAACACCAGCGUGUUCACUCAGACGACCGUCCUCUGAAAUGUCCAUGGAAAGGCUGUAAGAUGACGUUCAAGUGGGCUUGGUCAAGAACCGAGCACAUAAGGGUUCACACAGGCGCUAGGCCUUAUAUUUGCGCUGAACCAGGUUGUGGUCAGACAUUCCGGUUUGUCUCAGAUUUUAGCCGGCAUAAAAGGAAGACGGGUCAUUCGGUAAAGAAGACCAAGAAAAGGUAAUUUAGGCUCUAACAUGGAAACUUUCAUGAAGAGAUUACUCCAUUGAUCUAUUAGAAGAAAAUUGGAUUGUAGGGAUUUUAGGGGUUUUCUAAGUGUGUAUGUCGCUCUGUCCUUUGUCUAUUUGGGAUUAUUAUUCAGUCAAAAGUCUUAACAUUUGGAAGAGCCAUUGUUUGUUGCAGAAUUUUCACUUUCAGACAGAUUAUCUAUUUGUUGUAUUAUUGUCUACUUUGCAAUUGAAUGAAUCUGUAGCAAAUCC